AUAGAUGCACGCUUUCACGUACGCACAUACUGACCGGCGGGGAGAGGCCGUUUCCGACGGUUGCGCACUGUUUUAUCCACCACCACACCAUUUGUUCGGAUCAAAUUCAACCCAUAAUUUCAUCCUCAUUUCUCGUUCUCUCUUCCCAUUGUAACAGCUCGAUCAUUUGAGGAGAGUAAAAAUAUUUCAAUUCGUUUCUUUCUCGGAUCUAGGGUACUGUUUGUUUGCGAUCGUUAAUUCAUGGUAGAUUGUGGUGUUUCAUAUUGACCACCGCCGGAAUAAUAACGGACGAGAAGAUUAUAUUAUUUUUUCAUAUUUGAUUCGUCGAUCUCAGCAACCAUGACUAGUGGUGGCGGUAACAAUUUAAUCUCCGUCGAUCCUGAAGAGCUCAGGUUUCAAUUUGAACUGGAGAAACCAAUGCAUUGUGAUAUCAAGGUUACUAACACCACAGACAAGCAUGUUGCCUUUAAGGUCAAAACUACUUCGCCCAAGAAAUACUUUGUGCGGCCAAACACUGGUGUUAUACAGCCUCGGGACAUAUGUACCAUAAGAGUUACCCUUCAAGCCCAAGUUGAGUACCCUCCAGAUAUGCAAUGCAAAGAUAAAUUUCUUCUACAAAGCACCCUGGUGCCUGCAAAUACUGAUACCGAAGAGCUUCCACAAAAUACUUUUAGCAAGGAACCUGGUAAACAAUUAGAGGAAUGCAAGCUUAAGGUCUGCUAUGUUGCUCGCACUGAUCAGGGAAAUUCAGAUGAUAACCUCAAACAAAAUUCUGAUCCAAGCUCUAAUCAGGCUAUUCAGACCGCAAGAGCCGCUAGGGAUUCAGCCGUGAGAGAGGUAACCCAGCUGCAACAGGAACUGGAUAUGCUAAAGAAAAGGAGACAAAGAUCUAAGGCCAGUCCUGGAUUCUCGUUGAGACUCGCAAUAGCUGCUGGACUGAUUGGGAUAAUGGUUGGUUUUGUCUUAAAGCUGGCUCUGUCUUCACCACCGCCACCGCCUCCACCAACACCAACACCAACACCACCGCCAGCAACAGCCGGGGCAGAGUAAUUUUCCCGGCUGUUUCUUUCAAAAUCUAGAAAACUGGAUGAUGAUGAUGAUUCUCUAAUGAACAAGUUUGUCGAAAUUAAGCUGAUGAUAUAUAGCUUUACGUGUUGUUUGUCUUCUUACUUCAAUUCUCUCUGUACAUGGACCAUUGCAAAUUGCAACAUUAACUGUUUGUUGGUACUUUUUUCUCAAUACGUAAAUGGACUAUGCCAUUACUAUUUGAAA